UCGUAGCUCAAGGUGUUUUGUAGGCGUUACUUAGUACUCCCAUGGUACUCCUGACAUGCUUUCAACCUCAACCUAAAAACUAAAGAAAUUUUGAAAUUAUUUAUAGUUCAAAAUGUUCUCGGUGCCAGCUGUUUACAUUAAGCUUGUUUGUUUGUUUGUUUUUUAAACGUCUACGUUCCGUUAUUAUUUUGCCAUUUUUGUAUUGUUAGCUUAGAAGUUAGAAUCCUGUGUUUAUUUAGCUUAACCAACCUAGGCGUGAUACUGAUACUGCACUCAUUCGCCUCUCGCCUGCUAGUUUUAUCGAAAUAUCAGCUAUUUGCCGAAAUGGCGAAUUCUAUUCUCGAUUCUGACGGAUUUGUGACGGUUGCAAAGAAGAAAUCUGUCAAAGCGAAGCGUUUAUUGAACAACUGUCCUCUCACAACACUUGUGGCUGAAUCGGUUGAACUGGAUACUUGUUUAAAGAGCAUUUUAAAAGCCAAAAGAGAUGUUGAGUCCUCAAGCUUCUAUAAUAGCUUCAUAACAGUUUUAGCUGGGGUUACCAAGGAACUGGAAAAAUCUCUUGCAGAAAUAGUCUGUUUUGGUCUUGGACGUAUAUCAUUGUGUAAGGCAGCCCAACACCAGCUAGGACUACUGCUGCUCUUGGGAGAACAGUUUCAAUGCCCUGUUGAAGUAUUCGAUCCUGUCUUUAGUUCACUUGAGAAAAAUGUCAUUAAGGAGUUAAAAUUGAAGUUAUCACCAACCAAUUGUGAAGGGAAAAAAAAGCCAGUUUUGUCAGGUGGCUGCACAUUGUUUGUUUUCCCUCAUUGUCCAAAGGAGCUUAGCAAUAACCUUCUUUACACCAACUGGAACCCAAGACACAUUGAGCACUGUAUUCUGUAUUCUAACAGCUUUGAAAAAAUAAGACUCGACAUACCCUUUCGUUUCUUGAAAAGCUAUCACUAUCUGCUACAAUCCCAAGAAAUCGUCGAAGAAGUGUCAGUGCCCAAUAUUUUCCACUUCCUUGACAUUUUCAACGAUCUUAGUCUGCAUUAUUUCCCCAGCCAUUUAAAAUGUAACGUUCAAUCUUCGUUCUGGGAAUCACCUGAGCCUAACUACCCUGCUUCUGAAACAGAAAUUGUUGAGAGUGGCUAAAAUACGAGUGACAAAAUACACUACAAAAUACUCUA